ACAUCGGGUAGACGGGUGGGGGUUGGGAAAGAGACAUUCCGCCACCCUUAAGCCUUUGUGCCACCUCCUGCCAUUUCUGGCAUGGGGGGGGGGGGGGUUAUAUAAGGGGCUCAACUUCAAGGCUGCCUGUACACUUUUAGUAAACUUUGUCCUACGCACCGCUGCCUACAUCUCUGUUUUGCUCCCACAGUCUCCACCUCUGACCUCAGCAAUUCCACAGAGGACGAUGCCAUGCAGAUAUCAGGAGAGUCUCCUAGAGAUACCCUGACAGUUUGGUGCUUCUAGCUUAAAAAUUGCACCCCUGUCAGCAGGCACCACCCCAAUUUCCAGAGAUUCUCCUUUUAAAUCCCCCCCCUUCGGCAUGGAUUUACAGGGUGAAUCUGAGGUCCUCACUUUAGAAGAAGAAGAAGAGUUUGGAUUCAUAUUCCCCCUUUCUUUCCUGUAGGAGACUCAAAGGAGCUUACCCUUGCCCUUCAUCACAACAGACAACCCGUGAGGCUCCAUCUCCAUGCCUGCAAGGGAACAGACGUCACCACAGCGAAGAAUGGCCGCCGAGAGGCGCAGGGUUCGUCGCUUGGGGGUUCUCGCCAGAGACUCUCGCGACGUGCCAUGGCUGCUGGAGCAGGGAGGAGAUGUGGAAGCCAUGGGAGAGGGGAGGCGCUUUGGAGGAGAAGUUGCUGACAGGGAGUGGUUUCAGCUGCAUUCCAUGCAGCGCUGCUGGAGGGAGAAACAGCGAGCUGUCAUCGCUCAGAUUGGCUCUUGACAGGGGGAAUGACAUCAUGCAGAGUCUUCUUACAGUUUUACUCCAGCGCCUAGGCUCUUCAGGUGGCCCCGGUGGAGCGGGUGCGUGGGGUGGCUCAGUUUCUGAGGAAGCAUCCUGCAGCAGGCGCGCCUCAGCAGUUCCAGGGUACAGGUCAGCACCUGCCACUACUAGCCCGGCAGCAGAGCACUGUGCUGAUGCAGACAUCAGCUUCCCCAUUCUGGCAGAGGACACCAAGCUGGGAUCCUGUGUGGGUGCGACGGCACCCCUGCCAUCAGAGAUAGAGCAGCUAAUGAUGGUUGGGGAAGCAUCAAUGCUCUGUGGCACGCAGGAUGAGUGCCCAAAUGCCCAGCUCCUUGACAUGCCCCCAGGGGGUGGGGGCAGUGAUGCUGUAGCAGCAGGGAAAGCUUUCUCUGUGGUCCUCAUGGAUAAUCAGGAGCCUUCUGCAUCCUGCAUGUCAGUGACAGAAAACAAGUCUGCCCGUGGGAAUCGCCGCGGAUCUGUGCUGGAGCCUAAGCGCGUUAGGAAGGCGACGGCCAGAAUGAACCUGUGAACGCCCAGUUAAUACCUGGGCAGGAGUCUUUGGCCUGUCCAAGCGUGGAACUACUACAGCCUAAUGGGACAUCACUCCCUUGUUUUGUUUUGAACAGUUGUGGUGUGCCGUUGCACACGCCUAGAAAGUUUUGCCUUGAUUGUUACAUUGGUAAAACGCCCACGGGGGUGUAAUGUGAGAGGGCAGAAAUUUAAACGUGCCUCUGCCUAUCAGAAAGGCCUGUAGCACGCCACUGUUUACACAAAUAAAGAAUUCACUUCGUUCAUUCAUUUAACCAUGUACAACUUUUAUUUGUAUCACAACAAAACUUUUGCCAAUUGUGAAACAGGGCAGGGUAGAAGCAAGGGCUUACGACAGUUCAGCGGUAACAUGACCAGUUUCAGUUCCCAGCUACUGUCCGGCUUGUUCCGCUGCCCUUUGCUUGGCCAAGAGUCUUUUGGCAGCCCCCUUCCUCUUCUUCAACCACCUCUCCACCACAGCCAAUCUGCGCUCCAGAUCUCUGUCUGCAGUGGGAGAUAUUAGAGAAUCACCAGUCGCUAUGAGGCAAGGCACAGGGUAGAAACUCUCUUAAAAUGCUUAACUGCCCCAAAUACGAGUAAGCGAGGACCCGGCUUUUGACUCUUCUUCCUGCUAAGUUUGAGGAAUACUCUGUUGCUGGGAAGGUUGCAUUCCUACUAAACAACUCUUCU